AUGCCUUCUCAGCGCCAGUACUUCCUCUCCUCCUUUUUCGCCGCCUUUCGCCCACAGCCGCAUCCUCUCACACAGCAGCAACAGCAGCAGCAGCAACAGCAGGCUAAGCAGCCAACAACAAGCACACAGACGGUCACUGCGUCGUCGACACAGACUGCAGUGGCAGCGACUUCUGCUUCACGGCCACGAACCAUCCAGGCUGCGGCUGCGGCCGCCGCGAGGAAUACGAGCGUGACUAUCCACUCGCCGCGAAAUGCGAUGCCUAUUCCAGGGGCGUCGGGGAGACGGCGCGGCAGCGAUAGCUCGUCAGAAGGCUUCCGCGACGCCAUCGGCACAUCGGGCUGGUAUAUUGGCGGCAAGGGCGUUAGCGGCGAAGAGACCUUUUUCAAGGUUGGUGUCGUGCGAAGAAUCAAGAGUAAUGACGGCUUGAGCCUGGAUCGACUGAGCCUCUAA